AUGAGUUCUACUGUUGUUGACUCAGCAACGGCAGGAACCGGGAGUGUAAUCAAAGGCGCAGAGUACAGCGACGGGGAAGACUCCUCCAGUUCCAGCGAGGAAGUAGAACACCACGAUGAAGAGGACAUGGCCCCAAACAGCGUCAUCGAAACUCCAAGCUACAAACGUCCAUUUCAGGACAGCCAAUCAGAAGCUGACCAGUCUCAAGUCAAGAAGAGACGGAAGCAGUCAAAACCUGUUCGACUGCUUUCACUCACGGAGCCAUCCAGCGACGAUGAACCGGAAUCCAACAACGAAGGUAAGACACACAAUGAAAAAUCACCAAAUCCAGCCCAUGGACACACCGAUACGGAACUGGAAAUGGACCUUAAGGCAGAGCCAGAGUUGGAACUAGACCCAGAAUCGGAUACACUUAAGAUAUAUGAUCACAGUUCUUCUUCGCAAUGCCCUCAUUGUCCUGAGAUUUUAAACUCCAAAGAACAUCUUAAAUUUCAUACCGAGAAUGGACAUUUUCAAACCCAGUUUCAACACAAAGUAGGAAGCGACAAUUCACAUGGCAGUAAGUCAGAAAUACCGCUUAAUCUCUCUCAUUUACGAACCACAGACUCAACUUCGCAUAUAGGUUUCGCUGUAAGAUCUCUAAUAUCCGAGUUUCGAAAUAAGACAGAUGAUUUAAUCCACGGGACCAAACCGCAAGUAGUGUUACCACAGACUCAUGAUUCUGGCAGUUCGGGCUCACUUGUUGAUGGGAACAUUUCUCUGCCUGGUUACAUGCCCCUAUCGCCACAUUUCUUGUUGCCUCUCAUGUCCCAAAGUUCAGGGCUUCACUCCACUUCCUCACUCACACAGAACCAAGGACAAGCUCCUGGCACAACUUCUAUACGAAUAUUCAAUCCUGACGCUUAUUGUGAAUUGUGUAACAAAGAAUUUUGCAACAAAUAUUUUCUAAAGACCCAUAAAGCUAAUAAGCAUGGAAUUUACGUCGAUGGUCCUAGUACUACACUCGGUGGAACUAUGAUUCCUGGCCCCCAUUACCCAACUCCUUUGAUUCAGGUUAAUUUAAAUCUUUCCCGGACAACGUCUACUGUAUCAGGGACACAUAAUCCAAAAACUCCAUCACUUCCUCCCGGAAUAUCCGAAAAUAUAAUCACGAAUAAAAUACCUGGAAACGCACAGCUGAAAUCAUUUUGUGAUAUCUGUCAAAAGAAAUUCUGUAACAAAUAUUUUGUUAGGCGACACAAAGCGAAGAUUCAUGGAAUUAUCGACGAGUCUCUCCCUGCAUCAGGGAGUACAUCUUUCCUGAACUCAUCGGAUUGUCUUAGGAAACAAGAGACCGAUGAACGAGGAAGCACAUCGGCAGGUUCAGAUACUGGGUCAAAUGUUGUAGACACUGUUUCCAGUGACAUACCAGAAAACAUUUCGGAAGUGGGAGAAGUGGGCGUCAGCUCGCACGAGAAACAUUGCAGCAACCUGGAAAUGAAGCUGAGUCCUGCAAACUCUGUUACAGAUGAAGCUGUGGAAGCUUCAAAGGUGAAAGAGGAACCCGAGCAAGAUUCAGAGGAAGGCCGUUCAGUGGGAGAUUAUCCGGAUAUUAGCUCAACAAAUUGCACCAAGAAUUCGCCAACUCCUUCUCAGCAAAACUCGAAAGAAAUCGCAUUAUCUUCAGAUCGGUUACGAAAGUUGGGUGUCAUUAAUGCCGAUGCAUUUUGCGAGAUAUGCUGUAAGGAAUAUUGUAAUAAGUAUUUCCUGAGGACGCACAAAAUGAAACGUCACGGUAUUUACAUUUCAGAAGGUGAUGGGAAAGAACUUAAAACGGGGGUUAGUGGCUGUACUGCAUGGACUUACAAUCGGAUGAGCCCAUUAAAUUUAAUAGUAGGUGAGCAGGGUACUAACAGUUCAGAUUCCGGAGACAAAAUAAGGAACGACUUCUCUGAUAUCGACGAUUCGGAAUGCGACAUCUGCGGACAGCGGUUUCAGAGCUUCUACCAGAUGCAGGUACAUCGAGCGUACCUGCAUGUUACGGGGAGCGAGAGGACGGAGGGACAGGAAGAUCCGGGUGGACUUGAUUCUAAAGCUCAUGAGAAUAUUAGUACAAAUUUUGAGAACGGAAAUAUGUUUAAAAAUAGUGACAAAUCGACGGCUGAAGAGGGACCUAUCAACAAUAACAACGAUGGGAAAGACGCCAUUAGUGAAGAUCUGCAGAAACUUCAAACUAUGAUAUUGCAAUUGAAUAACCUUAACGUAAGUAAAGUGGCUACUUGUACCAUUUGCAACAAAGUGUUAGAGAAUCAUUACUGCUUGGCAGCCCAUAUGAUGACGGAACAUGGUAUUUUAAUUGAAGGUCAAAAUGGCGUUGAAAGACAAAAACCUCCAUCUGUGGAGGUGACUGGCAUGUCUCCUCUCUCAAGCACGAAUACGUAUUGCUUCUCAUGUAAGAAAGAUUUCUUCACCCAAUAUCAGCUGAAGCAACAUGUGGACGAUUUUCACAAUUAUGCUGUAACAACGAUAGCAUCAACCUCGACCACAGUGAUUAGUAACAUGAUUAAGGAAGAGUUGGAGACCAAGUCACCUCCUGAGAAGCUUCAGAGUCAGCCAGCGACUCUCGUAGGAUCAGAGAAACGAAUUUCUGUGACGCCGACGAGCAGUUACUGUGAAAUUUGUAACAAGGAAUUGUGCAAUAAGUACUUCAUGAAGACGCACAUGCAACGUAUGCAUGGCAUUGAGAUCGAGAAUGGAGCGCAAAUUGGUGGCGUUAUUUGUGACAUCUGCAACAAGGAACUCUGUAGCAAGUAUUUUCUACGCGUGCAUAAACAGAAUACCCAUGGAAUUGUUGAAGAUGGAGCCGUCGCUCACUCAGCUAAGGACAGCGUGUCCAAUAUACAGCUUCAAGUAGAGGGCGACCAGGCUUUGAAACCGUCCGACCUGAGUGAUCUAAGUCACAGGUAUUUCAGCCACUUUACUGAGGUUUGUUCAAUAUGUAACCGCCGCUUCCGAAGCACAAAGUGGCUGAAAGCACAUCUCUUGAACGACCAUGGUGAGAAUGGUGUAGAAAAAUGGAAAGAAUUGGAAAAUCAAUAUCAACUUAUUUCGCAACAAGGGAAACAUCAAUUACAGUCAGCCAGGAGCUUUGGAACAGUCAACAAUUCUUCAUCUGGUCCAGGGUGUACUUAUAGCCCUACUUUGAAAAUUCCGAACAACUGGCACAGUCAAGAUCAGGACACUGGCUGUUCACGGCCGCCCGCUCUAACGCCUCAGGAACGCACAGGAGAUGCGGGCGGGCAUCAGGUGUUUGCAAGUCUCUUCGGUUCCGGAGAUUCGACAGUAAAAAGCUAUCACUGUUCCUAUUGCCCAUUUACGACGCCUGUUCUAGCAUUUCUGUUUGUCCAUGAAAGAUCCCACGGAGGUCUGAUUUCGCAGCCGUUACCUGACCCAGCAAAACCGUUACAAUGUCCUGUUUGUCUGCAGAGUUUCCUCCAGGCCGAAGUGUUCCAACACCACAUCCUAACCCAUCAGUUCUCAGGCGUUUUAAAUCAGUUUCUAGGCCCUGCAUCGCCAGCCCAGUAUCCACCGCAAAGCGGCAGUUUGCAAGAACGAAUGAAGCUUGUUGAGCGACAUUCUCCGAACAACGAAGAAAAUGGAGAUAAUUUGAAGAAUGCAGAAAAGUUGGAAGGCGAAAUAAUUGAAGAAGAUUCGAUGAAUG